UCCCCCUUGUAUAGUUCCGGUAUCAUGGCGGCCUUCAGCGAGUGUGAAUGACACUGAAUGUAAAAUUAUGAAAUCUUGUGAUUAUAUGUUUUGAAGAAGAUGUUAUUGGCGACGUUUCUGCGUUGGCCCUUGUGUCCGAGCACAUUGCGAUCAGCGCUAAGGACUCGGAGAAGCUACAGUCAGUUGCAGCCCUCUGCGUGUGUGUCGGAGCGCGUGCGGACCUUUGAGCGGCUGCUGCAGAAGCGGCCCACAGCAGAGCCGGUGGCAGAGCGCCGCCUGACGGUGCAGUUAGCCGAUGGCCGAGCACUGAAGGCUACCGCAGGGGUCACGACCCCACUGCUGCUGGCCCAGAAAGCUCGUGUGAAGGAUGCCGUAGUGGCCAAGGUGAAUGGCCAGCUCUGGGCAAUACAGCGCCCUCUGGAGGAGGAUUGUGAACUGCACCUCCUGGGCUGUGACACAGUUGAGGGGAGACAGGUAGUUUGGCAGACAGGGGCAUGUGUUUUGGGACGGGUGAUGGAAGCUCACUUUGCUGCUCAGGUGUGCCGAGAAGGAGUGUCAGACACAGGCCUCUACUGUGACUACCAUCUGGACAACAGUUCCCUGUCUCUGGGGGAGGUGGAGGCGGCCUGUAAGGAGGUGGCAUCUCUGAAGCUCCCCGUCACCACUCUGGAGCUGAGCGCUGAGGAGUUGAAGGAGCUCUUUCAGGACAGCCCUCUGAGACUACGCCUGGCUGAAGAACAGAUCAUUGGGCCUUCACUGUCUGUCUACAGGUGUGGUGAGAGUGUUGGAGUGUGUAAUGGUCCAGUUCUUCCCCACACAGGCUUCCUCAGAGCCUUCAAGAUGCUGCAGGUGUCCCCAGUAACUCUAACGGGGGCAGAUGACUCCUGUGGGGUGGUGCGAGUGAUGGGCGUGGCGUUUCCAGGGCAACACGAGAUGGACGCGUGGGAGAAGGAGCAGGAAGAGGCUCGCAAGAGAGACCAUCGGCGCAUCGGAAAGGAUCAGGAACUCUUCUUCUUUAAUGACGUCAGUCCUGGCAGCUGUUUCUUCCUGCCUAAAGGAACACACAUCUAUAACUCACUCACCGACUUCAUCAAGAGUGAGUAUCGGAGGCGGGGCUUCAGUGAGGUGGUGACGCCCACCCUCUUCAACACGUCGCUAUGGGAACGCUCUGGCCACUGGGAGCACUACAGUGAGAACAUGUUCACCGUGACGUGCGAGCCGCACACCUACGCGCUCAAGCCCAUGAACUGCCCCGCCCACUGCCUGAUGUUCGAGCAGCGGGGUCGCUCGUGGCGGGAGCUGCCUCUGCGCUGGGCUGACUUCGGCGCGCUGCACCGUAAUGAACACUCGGGGGCGCUAGGGGGCCUGACCCGCGUCAGACGGUUCUGCCAGGACGACGCCCACAUCUUCUGCACACCUGAACAG